ACAGUAGACAGUAGACACUUGUACAGACGCCAUUUUCAGUAUUUAAUAGUGAUUGUUGUGGUUUGUUUCUUAAGUAUUUCAUAUUUUUUGGAAUUAAAAAUAGUGUGAAAGCAUUGAUUAUUACAAAAUUUAAAUUCAAUUGUUAUUGAUUGUCAUUUAAAUGAUACGACAGAAUAACUGGUGAAAUCUUGACUGAAAUAUCGCCUGCGCGGGAAAUGUGGUUAUCUACGAUCGUCAUUCAUAACUAGAGCUACGUUUUGAUAUUUGUAGUUUAUUUAAAAAGGUUUAGUGAAAUAUACCAUUAUGAUUGGUUAUAAAUCAAGAGUUGGAAGACGUGUGAAAAGUAAGCUAGCGAGAAAUUUAGAAACGCUUUAUAGAGAAGGAAAAUGUCGCGAAUGUACAGUAGUAGUAACGCGUAUGGAUUUUGCCAAGAUCCUAGGUAAAUUUACUAAAGUUAAAAUCCAAUACGAAAGUUCAACACCAAAGGCAACAAAAUCUUCAAAACAAAACUCAAAUAUUAAGUUAAAAAACAAUGAAAAUGGAUUAGUGUCUUUGAAUAAAAAUCCAUAUAACUCUGCAAAAGAACUCAAAAACAAAAGCAGUAAAGACAGAACCACUGAGGUUAAAAAACAAACAUCCAACACUUCUAAAUCAUUAAAUGUGUUAAAGGAAAAUAAUAACUGUAAGUCCAGUGCAUUAAAAAAAGUGAACUUCAAUAUUAAGCCUACUCUCUCAGAACAUAAAGAAUAUGGCAUUAUUUUUGUCAAUCCAAAUGUAAACGGUGCUAAUGAUGUAAAAUGUAAGAUAACAUUAGCAGAUUUAAUUCCACAUAUAAAUAAAAGUUUAUUGCCGAAUGAAGACUGGUGUAUAGAGUUUUUUCCUAAAAGCCUAGAACCAAAGGAUGACAAAAUGUACAAUCGUAUAGCGGCAGAAUUAGAAGAUCUUAUGUAUAAUAAAAUAAAUACCACCACAGAUAAUAAAAUGGAUGACUUUCCGUCAAUAAUGGAUAUUUUAAAUGACAAUACUUCUGAAACUAACCAGGCUAAAGACCAAACCCAAGAAAAUAAAUCUAAUCUAAAUAAUGAUGUCGAAGCUAUUCUUCUUGGGAAUAGUGAAAGUAAUGAAACAUUAGAAGAAAAAGAUGUUAUUAAUAAGUCAAAGGAAGAUAUACCAAUGACCCCAAGCACUGAAGUUGAGGAAAGUAUACUCAAAAAUAAUAUAGAAAAACCACACAGCCCAUCCAUAUUAGAUGAAGCUUUAAAGGAGGGAAAGGAACAACAUAUACCAAGCCAGCCAAUAUAUGAUGACAAUAAUGAUGCUAAUAAAUCUAUAGAAAUAGCUGUAAAACAAGAUGAUAGCGAAGAUCCUGUUAAAGCUGAGAAUCUAGAAGAAUCUAAAUCACACUCAAUAAAGUAUGAAGAAGUCACAGAGGUUAUAUUCAAAAAAAUAUUAGAUGGAAAAUGUGUCAAAUCUGUUACAUGUCUAAAAAACUUAAGGUAUAAUAUACAGAUAGAGGAAACAUCUGUUGAAUUUAUAGGUGCACCAAAGUAUAUAACUAGUAUAGAAGACAUUCAGGUAUUAUUGGAGAUUGUCAAUAAUACCACUUUAAAUAGUGUGUAUGUGUUACAUAUAUAGUCUGUAUGAGUAUAUUGUUUAUAUGUAUUUUAAAGAUGUUAAACAAUUAUUGAAAUACAAACCUUAUAAUUGAAAAUUUAAAACAAACCAUACUUUAGGUUUACAUGUAAAUAUAAUCUUAUGCAUUCUUAAGAAUUUUCCAUUAUAAUUGUUUUGAUCAAAGAUUAUUUCAACCAAUAUAUGCUUAAUUGUUACACUGCGGCUAUAAUUGAAUAAGAAAAUAAUACCAACUAAAAAUAACUUAAUAAUUAUACAUUAUCUCCCUUUGGAAUAUUUUCACCCUUAACACUUAUAUCAUGUCUAUAGUUACUUAUCUAAACUUUAUAAUACAAUUUUUCAGAUAAGAAGUUAUUAAAAUAAAAAUUUCUUAUAUGUAUCUAUAUGAAAGCAUGUUUAAGAAUAAGAUAUUUAUUAAUUCAGAUUGGUCCGUUGUCCCUCAUGGACAUUGAGUUGAGUCCUACAAUUAUAAUAUUUAUUUAAUCUGUAAAUCAUUACAGUUUUUGUAACUAGCAACCCCAAAAUUUUUCUAACAUUAAUUCCUAACAAAAUUAGUAACCCCUAUUUCUCAUUAUAUCUUAUUAUAUAUGUUAUAUUAUAAAAACUUAAACUGUUAAAGAAAAUAGUAAGGCUGUCCAUACACGACACCACUCUUUAGUAAUCGAUUACCGUAUAAAUUAGCAUGUUUGAUUAAACUAAUAUUUAUUCAAAAAAAGUAUGGGCUAUUUUGUGUAAAGCGUAAAAAUUAUGAAGACGCGCAUACAUUAAAUAUAAAGUAUAUUUCGACUUUUUAAUCUUACAUAAUGCUAUCCAAUUCCACAGAAGCAACUACCUUCAUAGAUUACUACAUUUGGUUACGUCAUUGAAGUUCAUAACAAAACUACCCUUUUGUCAAGUUUUAUAUUGUCUAUAUUAGGUCACUAAUAUUUUAAGGUCUUACAAUAUAAAAAGAAUAGUAGGAACGUAUAUUUUAUUUAAGUGCGUACAAAUACACGUACGUAAUAGGGUAGAAAAUAUAAAGUUAUUAAUGAGGUAUUUACAUAAUACGUCGAAUCACUUACAAUUUUCUUAUUGUAUCUGUGUGCACUAUAUUUUAUUUGGAUUAGGAUUUAUUUAAUUAACGUAAAAAUUAAUAUUAGUUAUAGUGAUUGGGACAUUGUUUAUAGGAAAUAAAAGUCGUUAUGGCAUUA